AAUAUGAAAACGACUAUAGUGUGACCGAUUUUACACAAAUAUGUAGCGACAAAGCAACAAACCUGUCUCCAAAUGUAAAAAAAGUAGCCAUCAAUACGUUUUUCGUGUUAUCUUAUCAAUCAUAGCAUAUUGUCGGUAGUAUGUAGGCUUACAUAUAAAUAGAAACUCCAGAUUAUAUUUACUUAAACAGACAUCCUAUACACAUUCAAACAUGUCAGGUUUUGAGUGGGUCCAUUGUUCCGAUUUCAACAUCCCUCCCAAUGCCGUGAAAUGCGGCAAAGAUAUAGACGGAAGUGAUAUUUUUGCCGGUUUAAGUUACUAUCAGCGUGAUGAACUUCCUUGUAAAAUUGUUCCUAAAAGACGAGAAGCAUAUGUCAGUUAUGAUGGACGUGAAAUAAAAGUUAAUGAUUUCAAGAUUUUAUGCGAAAAAAAAAUGUGUUGGUUGCCGGCUCAAGAUGGACAAGUACCAGCAGGAGCAAUACCUGCCGGAAAAACUGCUUUUGGAGAAAUUUUGUACAUUGGUCGAGUAAAUACGGACGGUUUUACGAAAGUUGGAAAGGUACAAUUAUCUCAAAAGUGCCUUUAUGUUCCUUACGAUGAUAAGGAAAUGUCCUAUAAAACUUAUGAAGUUUUAGUCUUGCAUUGAAAUUUGAUGUAUGAAAUUAAUAAAUCAGUCUUGCCUUUAAAA